AUGGAUAACCUCCUGUCGCCCUGUUACCCCUCCCUGCUUCAUGUCACACCCUUUUCCGCCGACGGCCACCACCAGAAUCCAGCGCCCGAGUCCCUGUCCUGCGAUGCCCUAGAGAAGUGGUUGUUGGGCAACGACGACGUGCUAGACAAUGAGGAUGAAGACCACCAGGAUACAGGCUCCAGCCUGCCGCCGGCGGCGGCGGCGGCACCACUCGCGGAGAGGAAGCGGGGACGGAAGCCUGCAUCUGGCUCUCGCGCCGCCGGCACCACAAUCAACCACGUGGAAGCCGAGAAGCAGCGGCGGGACAGGCUCAACCGCCUGUUCUGCGACCUCCGGGCCGCCGUGCCCACGGUGACUCGCCUGGACAAGGCGUCCCUUCUCGCCGACGCCGUUGGCUACAUCACCAAGCUGCGCUUCCGCGUCGAGCAGCUCGAGGCCGAGACCAGGCGGCAGACGACGGCGGCCUCUCUGUCCCAGCUCUCCUUGGUUAUUGGUGGCUCCCGUCAGGAGCUGGAGGUGCGGAUGCACGGGCGGGACACCGCUGCGCUGCGCCUGAUGACUACCGCGGCGCGCCAUGCCCCCGCGCGCCUCAUGGCCGCGCUCUGCGCGCUGGACCUGCCGGUGCAGCACGCGUCCGUGUGCCGCGUGGGCGGCGUCACCGUGCAGGACGUCGUCGUGGACGUACCCGCGGCCGGGCUGCGGGGAGAGGACUGCCUCCGCACCGCACUGCUGCACAAACUACUGCAGUAG